AUGGCGACUACUCCCUCAAACCAGGCCUACGUGCUUGGUGUCGGCCUCACAAAGUUCAUUAAACCUCGUGGCGAACGAGAAUAUCCUGAAAUGGGCUAUGAAGCUGGCGUAAAAGCUAUGCUUGAUGCCCAGAUCAAUUACGACGAUGUCGAGCAUGGAGUCGCUUGCUUCGCAUAUGGCGACUCUACAUCCGGGCAGCGUGUAUUUUAUCAGUUCGGCAUGUCUACCAUUCCAAUCGUGAACACAAGCAACGCAUGUGCUACUGGCUCCAUUGGCCUGUAUCUGGCACGUACUCUGAUCAAGAGCGGUAAUGCAGAUUGUGUCCUUGUUGUCGGGUUUGAAAAGAUGAAGCCCGGAAGUCUCAAGUCUGUCUGGGACGACCGGCCAAGUUCGAGCGGGCGAUUUGCAGCGAAGAUGAAGGAACAACGUGGUUUUGACAAAUCUCCACUGACGGCCCAAUAUUUUGGAAACGCGGGAAGGGAAUACAUGGAAAGAUACGGCGCCAAGGCAGAAGACUUUGCGGAAAUCGGGCGUAUCUCCCACAAACAUUCCCAGGCCAACCCAUAUGCGCAAUUCCGUCAAGAGUACUCGCUCCAGGAGAUCCAGGAUUCCGCAACAAUUUAUCCGCCUUUGACUAAGCUCCAGUGUAGUCCGACCAGCGAUGGUGCAGCAGCAGCAGUUAUAGUAUCCGAAAGUUUUCUAAACGCACGACCGCACCUAAGGAAUCAAGCAAUCUUGAUGGCAGGGCAGCAGUUCUUGACCGAUUCACCCAAGACCUUCUCGGAGAGUGCGAUCGAACUUGUUGGUUAUGACAUGACGCAGAGAGCUGCUCGGGCCGCGAUGAAGGAAGCUGGGAUCAGCGCUUCUGAAGUCAAGGUGUGCGAGCUGCACGAUUGUUUUUCAACCAACCAGAUGGUCACUCUUGAUGCUCUGGGCUUCUGUGAGCCUGGAAAGGCACACGAAAUGGUUCGAAGAGGAGAUAUCACAUAUGGCGGAAAGAUGGUGAUCAAUCCUUCCGGGGGCCUAAUCUCCAAAGGGCAUCCAAUUGGCGCAACGGGCCUGGCACAGUGCGCUGAAUUGACCUGGCAGCUACGUGGCUGGGCAAACAAUCGGCUGGUAGAUAACAGUACGGUGGCAUUGCAGCAUAACCUGGGCCUAGGGGGUGCGGUUGUUGUUAACGUCUACAAGCGUGCUGAUGGUAAACCUACCUCAAGAGUGAAUAGCGAAGACGUUGCAAAGGAAAGCUGGUUCGGUUAUAACCCUGCUGUGGAGGCAAGGGGUAUCACCCUCGCCGACGCUGAAAAGGUUCGGAGUAAAAAGAACAGGAACGACUUUGCUCUGGGAGAUACUCGAGAGAGGCUGGCUGCACUUUUGUAA